GCAAGCGCAGCCGGAGGAGAUACUGAUGCCAGUCACGGAGGGACCCCUCUUCCUUCUCGUGGGUGUGGAGCAAGGCUGGGUUUAGCUUUUUUUUUUUUUUUUUUUUUUUCUUUUUGGGGUGGAGCGAUUAAUUUGCAGAGCCGGGACAGGGCUGCGGAGCCGCCGCCGCUACCCGCAGCUCCAGCUGCCGCCUCCGAGCCUCCUCCGGCCCCAAGAUGCAGUAAGGUGGGGAGAAUGAUUCAGGUGUGAAACUGCAAAUUGACCAUGCAUUGAUGAAGAAACAGCUGCAUGUACUGACGUCCAAUUUCCCAUACUUACAUCUGAUUUGAAUUGAUGGUGAGAGGAAGCAUAAGGUAUCUCUCAUUCUGUUUGGACUCCUUGUUUACAGAAGAGUGAUGGAGAUGCUAUUACACACAAAAAGGAUCACCAUAUGCCUGUUUUUCUUUGUACUGAGUUUGGCAGCAGCUAUUGAAAUACCAUUAUCAGUUGCACAGCUUCCAACAAUCACGGAGCAAUCUCACACCCAGGUUGCCUACCCUUUCGAUGAGGACUUUACAAUUAAAUGUGAAGCUAGAGGAAAUCCACAGCCCACCUUCAACUGGACUAAGGAUGGAAAACCGUUCAAUUUAUUGUCUGAUCCAAGGAUAAUUACAUUCAACAACUCUGGGACAUUUGUGAUUCAGAACCAUGGAAUCAUCACCAAUUUUCAAGGGAAAUAUCGUUGUUAUGCAUCCAACGUGCUCGGAACUGCCAUGUCAGAAGAAAUCGAACUAAUUGUUCCAAGUGUACCAAAAUUCCCAAAGGAAAAAAUUGAGCCCCUUGAUGUGGAGCAUGGUGAUUCUGUGAUCUUGCACUGUAACCCCCCAAAAGGCAUUCCACCUUUGCAUAUCUAUUGGAUGAAUAUUGAUUUGCAGCACAUUCCGCAAGAUGAAAGGGUCUCCAUGAGCCUUAAGGGAGAUCUCUACUUUGCAAAUGUGGAAGAAAAUGACAGUCGAAGUGAUUAUUGUUGCUUUGCAGCGUUUCCAAGACUGAGGACGAUUGUUCAGAAAAUGCCAAUGACACUGAAGGUUUCCCGUUUUAAGCAUGCUAAUGACUCAGGCUCACCUAAUGCUGCGGUUACUAAGGCAAAUUUUAUCAAGGAAAGAAAACCCAAACUGCUGAUCCCUCCUGAAUCUGCUGGCAGUAGCUCAUCAGUCACUGUUAUCAAGGGAGGUGUCCUGCUACUCGAGUGUAUUGCUGAAGGGCUCCCAACUCCUCAUCUAAGCUGGGUCAAAGUUACUGGAAACUUGCCCAAGGACAAGCCGGUAACAGAAAAUUUUGGGAAGAUCCUGAAGAUAGAACAAGUAUCUGCAGCCGAUGAAGGAACUUACCAGUGCACGGCAAGCAACCCCGUGGGCAGAGCAAAACAUGAAUUCCAUGUUCAUGUGGAAGAGCCUCCUCGGUGGAUUAAGGAGCCCGAAGGUGGUGUUUACAGCGUAGGAACGAACCUUGUGCUGCUGUGCGAGGCGAUUGGCAACCCAGAGCCAACCAUUCAGUGGAAACUUAACGGGAUGCCCGUUGACAGUAGGACCUUCAGAGGGAGAAUCUCUGCCAGAGAGAUCAGCCUUACCAACCUUCAGCUUCAGGACAGUGCCGUGUACCAGUGCGAGGCCAGCAACAAGCAUGGUACCAUCCUUGCUAGCGCCAACGUGAAUGUCCUCAAUAUUGCUCCCUUAAUACUGACCUCAGAUGGUGAAAACUAUGCCACAGUUGUGGGUUACAGUGCCUUCCUGCACUGUGAAAUUUUUGCCUCACCUGCAGCAGAUAUUAGAUGGACUAAGGAUGACAGCAUAGAGCCACUCUCAGCAUUACGCUACGAAUUAAAUAAAAAUGGCACCCUAGAGAUCAAAGAAACAAAGAAAGAAGACUCAGGAUCGUAUGCUUGCUGGGCUGCAAACUCGGUUGGAAAAAGAGCAAUCACAGCGAAUCUGGAUAUAAGAGAUGCUACAAAAAUUGCCGUUACUCCGAAGAACCCCCGAGUGUUGAAAUCACAUUCGAUUUUGUUGAAAUGUCAGUCUGAGUAUGAUUCACACUUGAAAAACAGCUUCAAAUUAUCCUGGAGGAAAGAUGGAGAUCAGCUGCCAGUCAACAGCACGCAAGACAGCAGGAUAAUUAUGGACAUGGAUACACUGUUCAUUUCAACUGUGACAUUGGAGGAUCAAGGAGUUUAUACAUGUGUGGCUAGCACUUCCCUAGACAGUGUCGCAGCGGAAUCACGGUUAAUUGUUCUUGAUGUUCCUGAUCCGCCAGAAGAUCUGCAGCUCUCAGAACAUCAAAACCGAAGUGUUCGACUAUCUUGGAGGGCUGGGGCCAGCCAUAACAGCCCUGUUAAUGAGUCCAUUAUAGAGUAUGAAGAGAGUCAGUGGGAGCCGGGGAGGUGGCAGGAGCUGACCCGAGCCCCGGGGAAUGACACCACAGCCCUUCUGACCCUGGCCCCAUACAUGAAUUACCAGUUUCGUGUCGUGUCUGUGAAUGCUGUUGGAAGGAGCCAGCCUAGUAAACCAUCGCUGCGCUAUGCAACGCCUCCAGCUGCUCCUGACAAGAACCCAGAAAACAUCCGAGUUGAAGCUUCUGAACCAAAUGAAAUGGUGAUGAAAUGGGAGCCGUUGAAGCCCACGGAGCGAAAUGGGCCAGGGCUGGAGUACAAAGUCAGCUGGCGGCAGCGGGGCGUCGAGACUGACUGGAAUGAGGAAUUGGUGAAGAAACACUCCCUGACCCUGAGGAACACCCCCACCUUUGUGCCCUACGAGAUCAAGGUCCAAGCAGUAAAUAAUUUAGGAGCUGGUCCUGAACCAAAUGUCACCACUGGAUAUUCGGGAGAGGACACUCCAGAUGCUGCUCCUUCCGGCGUCUCAGUGGAUAUUGUCAACAGCACGCUGGUCAAAGUCUUCUGGUUUGGAAUACCAAGGGACAGAGUUCGUGGACAUUUAAGUGGCUAUAAGGUCAGCUGGUGGAAAACAAAAAGCAUGCUGGAUGGGAAAAGGCAUCACCCAGAGAAACACUUCCUAACGUUUGUAGGAGACAGAAACUAUGGGAUGAUUCCUGGUCUGGAGCCCUUCAGUGAAUUCCGCUUGACUGUUCUGGCUUACAACUCCAAGGGCGAUGGACCGGAAAGCUCUCCUGUGGUGUUUGAAACUCCAGAAGGAGUCCCCGAACAACCCCGUUUUCUGAAAAUCCUGAACUUUGACAAGGACUCUGUCACUCUGUCGUGGGGACUUCCCAAGAAGGCCAACGGCCACCUUACUGGCUACAUUUUGCAGUACCAGAUAAUAAACGAAACACAUGAAAUCGGGCCUCUGAGUGACAUCAGUGUGGCAAACCGGUCCACGCUCAGCUGGAGGCUCUCGGGCCUCAGCGCCAGCACCAAGUACAAGUUCUAUGUAAAGGCCUGCACAGCCAAGGGCUGCGGAAAGCCGGUCACGGAAGAAGGACUAACGAUGGCUCAAGGGAGUAAAGGGAUCGGCAAGAUUUCAGAAGCAGUAAACCCCACCCAAAAGUUUCACCCCAUAGAGGCACUUGACCCUGGAACUGAAUAUACAGUUCGUCUAGUGACUAAGAAUUGGGUUGAUAACAAUAGCAUUUUUGAAGAUGUAAUUGAGACAAGGGGGAGAGCCUACGCUGGCAUUUACGAUGGGAUUUCCACCCAGGGGUGGUUUAUUGGACUGAUGUGUGCCGUUGCCUUGCUCACCCUACUGCUGCUAACUAUUUGCUUUGUCAGAAGAAAUAAAGGAGGAAAAUAUUCAGUGAAAGAAAAAGAAGAUUUGCAUCCAGAUCCCGAAGCUCAAUCAAUAAAAGAUGAAAUCUUUGGGGAAUAUAGUGACAGCGAUGAAAAGCCGCUGAAAGGCAGCCUCCGGUCAAUUAACGGGGACAUUAAAGCCACCGAAAGUGCUGAUAGUCUGGUAGAUUAUGGAGAAGGGGAGCACGGGAUGUUCAAUGAAGAUGGUUCAUUUAUUGGAGCUUAUUCUGGAUCUAAGGAAAAAGGAUCAGUCGAAAGCACUGGGAGCUCUACGGCAACUUUUCCUCUGCACGCGUAAAAUACUAGUGAGAAGAUUCAUGUUUAAUUGUGCUAUUUAUCUUGAUUAGUACUCCACAGUUACCACAAGUGAUUGGAAGCAGGUUGCCAGUUGAGACAGUCAGGAACCUGACAUCCAGGUAAUAGAAAAAAAAGUCACUGCCACUAAGAGAUGAUUUCUGAGACUUUUCCAUCCUAAUUUGCAGGUGUUUUAUUCUAAUUGAAACACAACAAAACAUUCUUUAUUAUACAAAAUGUGUCACUCAGUCUUACCAAAAUGGAAUUUCUCAGUGUUACAUAUGUAUAGUUAACUGCUUUGCCAUGUUUCUUAGGUUUGGAAUAUGUUUCUCUGUAUAGCAUAUUUUUUUUCUUGUUUGGCUGUUGUCACUUUGUACAUACAUUUAUACAUACUAUUCCCUCAUGUAUCAUGACCUCAGCGUUACUGAGGUCAGAACAGAGCAAGGAAAGUGGACAAAAAGGCAGGUUACUCUGCAAAGUGACACAGUGCAUCCUAACGAGAAAAAUGAUAUUUUAAACUACUUAAGAAAUAUAUUCUAUAUAUUAUAUAAUUUUUUUCAUAAAUACAUAAACUCCUUUGCUUUUGAUAUUCUAAAAGUAUUUUAGUGGUUACAGCUGACUGCAAUUAUCAGUACUUUGAAAUGCAACUUCAUCCACAGAAAAUAUGCUCUGAAAAGAUGAAGCUCUGGCCUUGUGGAUAAAUCUUCUGUCCAGUAGCUGGCACUAUUUCCUUAAAUAAGUUAAGCUGCAGUAACUUUCCUGUGGCAAGGCGAAACAGGGUUCCCAUUCACCAUCAUUGGAAAGAAUUUUAUUUUAUUUUCCUUAGUCUCUGCAAGCUGCAUUUCUAAGCAAAGCGCUUUUUGUCCGUCUCAUAUCUGUAUAUUUGUGUGCUAGCAUACAUUUCAUGGAGACGUUGUACAGAUGAUAUUAAUAUUGACACAAGUGAAAAUUAGCCUUGUUUUAUUUUGAAAUGAGACAUGUUGCUAGCAUGGGUCUGUAUAGCUGUGUAGGAAUAGAAUUGCUUCUCAGUAUGAGUUUCAGCCAGCAAAACUAGUUUUUGACAGAGUUGUGUGUAUACCGGUCAUAUAAGUCUUACUUCCUUCUAGGGUCCCAUAAAAUAGAUCUACCUGACUUUCUGAGAGAUCGUUUAUUUUCACCAGUUCACUGUUAAAUAAACAAAGGCAAAAGCAAAGAGAAAAUAUUAUGGUAUAGUUUCUUUUAUAUUUUGUUUACUGAAUGCUGGUUUGAAUCUGGUUCUGUUCUUUACCAGUCCUUUCCACCACUAACUCAGCAAAGCUGUACAGCACAUUUUUUUGGUCUUUUUGUAUUGGAAUCUCCUGAUUUUCUUUAAAAAGAUUUGUAUUUUGAAAUAUGCUUAUUUGAGUUGAGUGUUAAUAUUGUUUCAUUUCUUUUUGAACUUACAAGUGACCGUCACUUCAAGUUAAAUGUUUUUUAAAAACUUACUCUAGGAGGUCCUAAAAGCCAUUUUGUGUCAUGGUAUUAAUUAGGGAAAUAUCCCUGAUGGUUCCUUCAUGGUCUCCAUUACUUCAGUGGAAGAAAGAGAGGAAGCAAGGAUUACUCGUAUGGUUACGGGUUUACAGGUAAUGCCGAUGACUAAAGCUCUGUUAGUCGCACACAGAGAUGUACUUGGCUGGAAGAGGAAAGGCCAUGGACCACAGGCAGCUAACCACGCAUGUGGGAUCCUCACUGGGCAGCUGGACUGUCAGAUAUGCUCAGUGAUUUCUGAACAUAGUGAGGGGUCUUGGGUGCUCAGUGCUUUUGAAUAUCUGUUACUCUUUUUUUUUUUUUAAUUUUUAUUUUUUUUUUCAUAAGGACUUUUCCUGCAGCCUCGAUUUUGAAAAAGGAAACCCCAAACAGCCACCUCAAAACAAAAACAAACAAACAAACAAACAAAAAACACCCUAAAUCCCAACUGUAUGAGCAUGGCAGGAUGAGCAGGAAUCUACCCUGAAUCCAAAACAGUUCUGUUCCAUGUCCAUGACCCCUGUGAUGGUGUGAAGGAAUUGACUGAGUCAUUCUUUUUUUUAUUAUUUAUAAGGCUUUUUUUUGUUUGUUUCACUCAGUCCAAAUGCUGAGGAAGUCCAAAAGUCAUUCUCAUUUUAAAAAUAAAUAAAUAAAUAAAAAUCUUCAUUUGUAAAGAAGGGAGGGCAUAACUGGAGAAAUGUGAAAACUAGCAUCUUGUCAAUAGAGACAUUUCCCACCAGGAUCUUUAUCUUCAUCUGGUCUUGCUGUAGCCCAACCCAGAUGAAGACUAAGAGGUGAUGAGGCUUGUGACACCCUCUGUUACAAUCUUCUUCUGGUUUUAAGGUAUUUCCUCUAGGAAUCAUCUACGCUAGCUCAAACUACUGCAACACUGAUUGCAGGCAGCCAUUGUUUUGUUUUCUCAGUCAUUUUCAUUUAAAUGUUUUGUGUUUUGAAUUGAGAUAUUUCUGCUGAUACUUUGUAAAUAUUAAAGUGAGCCCCCAAGUCUUCUCUCUCCCAGCCACUGGGCAUCUCCAGUGGUGAAAAGGGGACCACCUGCAGCUUUCUCCAGUCCUUGGAGAAAUGGAUCCUGAAAAAACCGGUCUGCCCAUACCAAGGAUUCAGCGCCAUCUCACAUUGCUCCUCACCUUCCUUAGCAUCUCCCAAACCUGCAUAAGCUUACAAAACCCCUGGGCGUUUUUCCUGGAGGGACACUGAGAGAGUGUCAUUAGUCAAAGAUGUUCAAGGGACAGUCAAGGAAUAAAAUUAGGGCAGGCUCCCCGCCAUGGCUUCACAAAUUUCCCUGUGCAGAGCUCAGGAGGGGCUGAAACAGGCAGAGCUUUCUCACCCGUGGAGUCCUCACCCAGGACCCUCCUCAGUGCAAGGCUGGAUGCAACCCAUCAGCAGUCAUGGUCGUGUUUUCUUGUACUUGGGUCGAUGCAGAUCAACCAGACUCAUUGUCCCAGAAAACACCUAUGUUAAACAGACACAAAUUUCAAAUCAUAUUAGCGAGUGUCAAAUUAUUGAAGAAUGAAUAAAUCCCCUGUGCUAUCACUUGCUCCAUUGCUGCUAAGAGAUGUUUAUGACAUUCCUGUGAUGUGCUACUCAUCUGUGCUGGUAUGAGUGCUUUUUCGAUUAAAAUUUUAAUUCAGAUCCUUAAAUCUUAAUGUUAGUGUUUCAUUAUGCCUCAGGGCCUAAAAAUCAUACAGUGACAAAAAGAUGUGCAAUGGAAUUUGUGCAGUGUGAGCUGACUUUUGAGGAAUAUGCACAAUGAAUAUUAACCAAAUGGCUGAAACUCCCAGGGAAUCUAACUCACAGGAACGUUUUUCUCUUUUCCAAUCAUUUCUUUUCCAUUUACUUUUUUUUUCUCUAUUGUCAUUUUAUUUUACAUUGUAAGGGCAGCACUCACACAGCGUAUUUUGGAAAGUGUAGGAUACAAAUGGAUUUUCAGAGAUUUGUUUUCAGAAGUAAUCUACCAGAGCAAGCUUGCACUUUCCUGAGCAGAUUUCUGUGAUUGCCAGGAGAUGGGUUCAAUUUUUGUCCAGGGCACGUUGUUACAGGUGAGAGGAAAUGUGGCCACGCAGGUUGAAUAAAAAGUGUCACCAGCUGUAGAGCUGUUCCAAAAUGGCCUAUUAGUCAAAUAACAUAGUUUUGCUCUGGCCAGGAGUAUUUAUUAAAAUGGGAUGAUGAAGUCAGCCAUGGCCAGUGUGUGAGCCUGUAGACCGCAUCGGAUAGGUAAUUAUUAAUUCCCUGGUUCCAUGGGUGUUCACUUGGUUACGUUUGGCUCUGCUGUGCCACUACAAUUUGCUUCCAAUACGAGUGUGGGAAAUGACACUUUCACACUGGAUGUCUCCGCCAACCCUGGAUGCAGUUUCGUCCUGCAAGGAGGAGGCAUUUCCCUGUCCCCAGAGGUCCUCGCUUGUAGACUUAAGCAGAGUUCUUUUGAGCAGUAGAGGCACGGAUGUUUCUCAAAAAGCUGUAAGGAUUUGACUGUGCAUAAGAUUAAGCAAAUAAAAUCAGUUCCUCCUAACUAAUGGGGAAAAAAAAACAACCCUCUGUGCAAGCUCAUUGCUAGUGAGCAACAGUUUGCAUUCACAGAGCAGUGCAUCAUUGAUUUUGUAUAGAUUGUAAUUUCAGACCUAAGUUUUUAUUCAAUACAUAUAUAUACUAAAAUGGGAAAAUCUGGAAACCUAUCACAAGAAAUCCCUAUUUCUGUGCCACUCUUCAGCAGAGAGUUGCAUGUAGGGCUGAGCAUCAAAGCUCCUCUGGGGCUGGAUCCAUAGCGAGAGCAGGAUUAAAAAUCAAAUCAGAAAAUGGCUUUCCCCUCUGGAUUAAAAUGUUUGUAUGUGUAGCAAUAUAAAAACUUCUGUUAUGCAAGUUAAAAUGGAUUUAAAUAGCAUAUCAUUUAACGUUUUCUGUUUUGUUGUUCUAUUAUACAAAUUUUAAUGAGUAGCUCUUUUCUCUGCUAGCUGCUUCCAUUGACUUAAUGGGUCAGAUCCAACGCAUAAGAGGGUUUAAUAAAACUUUUUAGGCCGUUAUUCUUUUCGAAAUGAAAAAAAAUAUUAGCACAAUCUUUCUAUACAAAGGAUGUUUGGGUGGUGUUUGUUUGUUUGUUUUUACGGUAAUUCCACAUGUAGUUUUGUAAACUAAAAUUAGAGUGACAUUCACUGAUCCUUUGACACUUCUGAAAGGAAAUCUCAUUAUAACUUUUUAUAGCUUUUAUUUUGCAGGUGAGUGGUAAGUCUAGAUUAGUUCAAGUACCUGAAAGGACAGUAAAAUAAACAAAUGAAUAAAUAAAUACGGUUCUUCACGGCAAGAAUAUUUCCUUUCUUUGACAACAGAUCAAGCCCUCAGCUGCAUCUCUUUAAAUGUGUAGUGUUUCAGAGUAAGGCGUACAACAAUGUUGGAGUACCAGUACAUGUUUACAUUGCAGUUCUGUAUCUUUCACGUAAAAGUUUCAACUACACGAUGAAGCAAGUGAGUUUUGUGAUCUGCACUGGUUUGUUCAGCUGUCAUGCAGGAAACAAUGCGUGGGUUUGAGCCAAAGCAUUCUGUCUGUUUCAUUUUUUAUUAUUUUUACUUUAAACAAGAUACUUUGUAAUUUCAUGAGAAAAGAUCAAAGCAAAUGUGGUGUCACCGUUAAUGUUCCUUUUUGAGCUAAAUAUUAGUGUGCAUUUAUUAAAGUUUAGAGAAACGUAUUGUACUGUAGUGGCUGUUUGUAUCAUGCAUACGUGCACGUAUGGUUUUAAAAGAUAUUUUCAUUUUACAUGAAAUUCAACUUUGCUAAUAAAAGUUUGACUUGAUGUAA